AUGCAGGGAGUGGGGCAGACUGGUACCUGGGAUCCCCAAAUUUUACCCAGCUGUGGAUUGUUCCAGUUUACCCCUCUUGGCCAAAUACCACCCCAGAGAGCUGAUAUAGUUGUUGAUACAUCAGUUGCGGAUGCAUUGGAUAUGGGGUGUGAGAGGAAGAGAGGACUUCCCAAGUUAUCAGCUGAAGACUGUUUGUUGUCAAACAGAAGUACCAUCACUCAGGUCUACCCACAAACCACCUGGACACUCAGCAUGACAGGCAAGAAGAUCCCAGGGCUGAACCAGUACAGCUGUCAUGAGGCAUUGAUGAUCAAGCAACAGCAAUGGUCUCCUUUUGUCCAUGUGGACUUUUCGGCUCGCCGGGUUCACCCCACAGCUCAUGCGUAUGUGCCUGCCCCGGGAGCCCUACACUCUUCUAGAUUCUUCUUGAACCCUCAGCGAGGUCUUGGGCCUUGUUUUCCAGCCAGCUGGAAUAUCACCCCGAACUCGAGCGCCCUACUGCGGGACCUGCCUCCUCUGGUCUGGAGCCCCCCCUCCCACCCAGCAAGGGAGAAACCCAUGCUGUCUGCACGCAACUCCAUGAUGCUCGCAUGUGUCAGCCCCGUGAGGAUCCCUCGUCUAAGACUCAAGUUUCCCCUCCAACUGCGUUCGCUACAAGGGCCGGGGAACAGGUCUUGGAAUUCCGUCCCGAUCCUGAAGACGGAGGUGAGGGCAGAAGAAGAGCCGGAAGAACCAGUGGAGGUGGACGAUCAGGUAGAGACCCAGGGGCAGGAGGAGGAGAAAGGGGGGCCCUGUAGCAAUGGGGGAGCAGCAUCCACCUCGAGAACCCUGGAGACUCAGUGAAACCUCGCUUCCCUCGACUGCAGCCCCAGGGCCUUAAAGGGAAAUGUCCAUAGCAGAAGCCUGACAGAAACGAACAGGACUGACAAGGCCCAGGUGCCUGCAGUGAGUUUUCACUCCAAGGACCAUGGAGUACCCAGCGCACACAGCCCUGCAGGAGGCGUCCUUCCCUUUGGCAAGCCUGACCCAGCUCCAGCAGUGCUCUCUGGCCCAGUUCCCAGCUGCUCCCAUUGGCCAGAGAAGGCGGCCUCUCAGGCGCUGGAGAAAGACCACCUGCCCGGCUCCUCUGGCUUGCAGAUGUGGGGGAAGGAGGCCCAGCGCAAGGAUCCUGCAGCUCUUGUAGUAAGCAGCUCUUCUCCACCCAGAGCUGCCAGCCACAGUUCCCGACAAUCAAAACGGUCAGGGCAACCCCAGCAGCUGCCACUGGUUUCUCCCCAGCAAUGGAGGUGGGGGAGAGACGAGGGGCCCUCACCGCUAAACGUCCCCGCCUAUCCCUGGAAGGAUUCACGGACAACAUGGGGGCAUUAGGUAGAACAUCACAAUCCAGGAGACUGAAAAAGUGACAUGGGAGAAUAAAGAAGAUAUGGUAAACUGCAGUGCCAGCCAGCCUGCCCCGAUGUCUUCCCACCUGCUGAGACUCCCUGCCUCAGGCCACCUACAUGUCACAGGUCCCAGCUCCUCCUCCUACCUCUGACCUGGCCCAAGUGGCUGCUGGGCCCCUCAUCCUGCCCAUCCCUUCACUUUUGACCACACCAAGAAUUGAGUAAAAAUUGAUAUCUGUGGCUGGGCA